GCAGCUGAGUGCACCGUUAUGGGUAUCCCCAGUAUCUCCACCAACCUCUCCGGCUUCGGCUGCUUCAUGGAGGAACACAUUGCAGACCCCUCAGCUUACGGCAUCUACAUUCUGGACCGGCGGUUCCGUAGUCUCGAUGAUUCCUGCUCGCAGCUCACCUCCUUCCUCUACAGCUUCUGCCAGCAGAGCCGGCGGCAGCGCAUCAUCCAGCGAAACCGCACCGAGCGCCUCUCAGACCUUCUGGACUGGAAAUACCUAGGCCGGUACUGUAUGUCUGCGCGCCACAUGGCGCUGGCCAAGGCCUUUCCAGAACACUUCAUCUAUGAGCCCCACGAGGCUGACGCGACUCAGGGCUACCGCUACCCACGGCCGGCCUCGGUGCCACCAUCGCCCUCGCUGUCGCGACACUCAAGCCCACACCAGAGUGAGGACGAGGAGGAGCCCCGGGACGGGCCCCCUGAUGUAGACGGGGAGCGCUACGACGAGGACGAGGAGGCCGCCAAGGACCGGCGCAACAUCCGCGCCCCCGAAUGGCCGCGCCGCGCCUCCUGCGCCUCUUCCACCGGCGGGAGCAAGCGCGGCUCGGUGGACACGGCGCCCUCCAGCUCGCUCAGCACUCCCAGUGAGCCCCUCAGCCCUGCCAGCUCCCUGGGCGAGGAGCGCAACUGAGUCCUGUGCCCCACACUCCCGGCCCGUCCUGCCGCCCUCGUCCAGAGGGUGGGUGCAGAACGGCGCUGUUCCUAAACCCGACUCCAGAUCCCAAACCUUCCUGGGGGUCCACAGCCCCGCUCCCUCCGCCAUACACUCCAGCCCCUCUAGCUCAGCUCUUGGAAUCCCCAACACUCCAGAAUACACAACGCCGUGCCUUUCCUGGGUUCCAGAAUGCAUAAUCUGUGUGCCCUGGAGUCCUUCCGGCCUUGCCUGGGUGCCAGGGGCCAAGAACCUGCCAUUACCCUGCCGUGGGGCCAGAGGUUUUAGGAAACCUGGUCUGGUGCCUUCCAGGCAGGGGCUCCUAGAGCCCUUUGUGGCUUGCUAAUUUUAUAGCCCACAGAUCAUGCCAUGCUCAGGCUCGGCCCAAGGGCCAGAAAGCUCUGGAAACCAUGUGGUUUCCCUGCUAACGGGACAAUCAAGUCCAG